AUGACAGAACAUGUUACUAAAUGCUUUCAAGAAGAAUUUGAAAAAAUAGUUAGUAAUGAAAAUAAUAAUGAAUUAUGUUUACAAUAUGAAUUUGUAACUCAAUAUACAAAUGAAAAUGAAUAUAAAAUUUUAAAUGAAUUUACAAUUGAUAAAAAUAUCAAAAAGUUAAUCU